GAGCCAGGCAGUGGGAGAGGGGUGCAGCAUUUCAGUGGCUCCUGCUCAGCAAAUCCCCCUGAGGUGCACCUGGGACUGCAGGACUUGUCUUUGCCUAGAAGGGAACUCGUCCCUGGCAGCCUUGGAGGAUGAGUUAGAACAAACACAGGCUGCCAGAUACCAUUGCAAACUGCCACAUCAGCAAGGACUGAACCUGGCCAGGGGAACUUCUGACCAAGAAAUAAGAUUUUCUAGGUUCUGGAGAAGUCAGUAUGUUGGAUCAGAUUCAUUGGCUGGCUGCCGUGACAGUCCUGGGAGUCCUGGAGCAAGCCUACUUCUUCCUCCAGGUGAUCUAUGCUAGGAGGUUGUUUGGCAUUUCACCUCCAAAGAUCUCAGGCCCUCCUGAAUUUGAAAGGAUCUUUCGAGCACAGGUGAACUCCUCUGAGUAUUUUCCCAUCUUCCUGGCACUUCUGUGGCAGGCUGGACUCUUCUUCCAUCAAGGUCUGGCUGCAGCCUUGGGUCUGCUCUAUCUCUACGCCCGCUAUUGCUACUUUAUGGGAUACAAGGCAUCAUCCUCAGAAAGACUCGCCCCGAUAUACUUCAGCGCUGGAGUUCUCUGGAUUCUCAUUGCAGUGUCAGCCCUGGGCAUCCUGAAUUUCUUCCUCUCUCACUAUGUGGGGCUGAACGUCCUCCAGCUUCUCACAGCAUGACCCACUCCUCUGAGCUUCACCACUGUACCCACAUUUCUCCUCACAGAGAAAAGCAAGGCACGACUUCUCAAGAAUAUUUCUGGUUUUCACAUUCUCUGAGCCUCAGAGAAAGGAAAAACAAUUCUUAUCUCAUUUGCUGUGCCUGUGUUUGUGCCAGUGUGGAAUGCAAUAUGGAGUUGGUUUACCCAAAGUGAUGGUGUUUUGUUUCCUUGGCCUAUCAGGGCCAAGCCUGUGUGUGUGUCGGGACUGUCAGCUGACAGUCAUGAGAUGCUGCAAUUGUGUGCAGUUGAGUGCUUGGCAGAUUCAGUUUAGAUGUAAUGUAACAUAGUGUAAUAUACUAUAAUAAAGUAAUUAAUUAGCCUUCU